AUGCAUGCUCGGCAUCCUUUGGGGCCGUCCGUGCACGGGAGGCACGUCGCGCACGCUACCGCUGCAGCCUGUGCCUCCUUGAGGUUACCAUACUUGGGCUCUGGCGCUAUCAGGGCGCUCGGCGGCUUGGCCUUGCCAUUGCUCCUGGCCUUGGCCUUGGCCGUGGCGGAGUGGUUGGCGCUCGCGUCUUGCAGCUUCUGGAUCCACCCGUUGCCUCGGGCACGCGCCUGGGUGACGCCGAUGGGCGGCUGCUGGCCCUCGUCCCAGAUCUCGCGCAAGGCGCGCUCGACCCACCUCGUCACCCAGAGGCCGCAAGUCCAGCCAUCCGCUCGGAACACAUUGUUGCUGUUCGCAGGGCAUUCCUCGGCAGGGCCGAUGGCGCCGAGCUUUCGGGGGAUCCUCGUGGCGGCCUGCUUGGCGUUCACAGACGGCUGA